CUAAAUUCUACAUGUCAAGUGAAGAACCUGUGGUUGAGGGAUGUGAAUUAUUGGGAGGGUUCGGAAUACUAGUAUAAUCAAUUCUAGGAUUACUUUGCUUUUUAGUCCUUGUUUGUAAUAUAUAUAUUAAUUUUAAAGUCAAGAGACAUUUAGAAAAACCUAAAAGAGUUUGGAAAAUAUUUUUGAUGGUAAUUUGAGAAUAGAUAAUUUAGGAUACUGCAAAAUAAUUCGUUAGUGCUAUUGUUCAACAUUUUUUAAAUAUUGGAUUAGCUUUAUUAUUGAGUUCUGCAGAUAGUGGAGAUUAAUGUUAAUGGUACUCAAUUAAUUAAUUUAGGUAUUUUAUUACAUACAUGCUUGAUUGUACUGUUGGAAUGGCUAUUAAUUGCUUAUUUAUCACUCUCUUUGAAAAACUAUUUCAAAAAUUGGGUUAAACGGUAUACAUUAGAAUAAUUCUUUUAGUAAUUUCAAACUGGCAAUUAUUACAUUAUAUCAUAUCCUCAAAUUACAACUUAUUCUUUAAGUUCCGAUGAUUUGACCCAAACAAAAAAAGCUAAACCAAAAGUUGAGGUUGCUUAUGGAGUUUAUGUAUUUUAAUUAACCUUAUGGAUUUUAAUCGUUGUUGCAGUAAUUUAUCACUCAAUAAACAAGAGCAAAGUUAUCCUAUAUUUCUUUUAAUUACUCUUGGGAGAAUAUUUACUAACAGCAGUAUCAUGGAUGUUUUAGCCUAUCAAUUAAUAUCCAGAACUUGAACUUAUUAUUGUACUUGUCCUUAUACCUUUAAUAUUUAAUGCUCUUUGCGUAUCAAAACAGGUUAUUAUAGUUUUGGGUGCAAGAUUCAUUUCUCAAGAAAAGCAAAUUUAAGAAAAAGGAAAAAACUGCAGUUUUAGAUGCUUUAUAUGAGAAAUCUGACUAACCAAUUGAAGUAGAUAUCAUAGAUGGAGAUGAAAGCUCUAGACCUUCUAUCGCAGGAAUAGAAUUAUAGACUCAAUAAAAAAAGAACGAUUUAGUCAUGACAGAGACUUAAUCUGAUAAUGAAAUUAGUGAACAAUAGACUAAUUCAUCAAAUGAAGUUUGA